CUGUUUCGGGCUUGUGAAUGUCACUAUCACGGCUGUUUGCAUACCAUUGCUAGGGGUGAAACAGUGACGGGGAUAGCCUGUGUAUGUGCGCUGGGUGUCGAGCGGAGAGGAAAGGAGGUGAAGGAGAGGAGAGAGCUGCGCUGUGCCCUUGCCUGUACGAGCGAGGCGGAGAUCGUACGCCAGGGACCAUGGACAUUGAGAAAACCUACUGAAUUCUUUCAUCACCAUGUAUAUAUCUGGAUGCAAGAGGAUUCGUAUUUUUUGACAGAGAGAGGAUUAGAGUACCAGACACCAAGUGUGACACAUUUCCAACGUAAAAAGACCACAUCAAGUUCAGUCAACUGAACGAACCUGUGUUUGACCAUGGCCAGCACUCAAACGAGUUUGAAGACCCCGUUUAAAGACCUGACCUCCUUCAAGGGCAACAUGAAGCGCCUGUACCGCGAGCAGCUGGACUACGCGCCCAUCAAGAAGCGUGUGAUGGCCGAGAUGAACCUGAAGCGGCGCAGCCAGGAGAGCCUGCCCUGUGGCCUCAAGGUGAAGCACGAGCAUGUGGACGCGGAGCUCCUGGGCGCCGGGCUGGACGCCGAGGGCCGGGACCUCCACGGCGGUGUGGCCAAGGCUCUAGAUCUCAGCCCCGGCCUCAAGCACACACUGGCCCAGUUCACCCUCAGCAGCCAGAGCUCGCUGGGCGGCCCUGCCGCCUUCUCCGCCAAGACGGCCCAGGACACAACCUCCAGCGCGGCCCAGCUCAACCCCAUGCCCUCCCCGUCAGCCCUGGGCGGCGGACCGCUCCUGGUGCCCUCUGACAGCUCCACGGAGCUCACCCACUCGCUGCUGGAGGGCGAGUCCAUCUCCUGCUUCGCGGUGGGCGGGGAGAAGCGCCUGUGCCUGCCGCAGGUGCUGAACUCGGUGCUGCGCGACUUCUCGCUGCAGCAGAUCAACGGCGUGUGCGACGAGCUCUACGUCUACUGCUCGCGCUGCGACGCCGAGCAGCUGCACAUUCUCAAGGUGCUGGGCAUCCUGCCUUUCAACGCGCCCUCCUGCGGCCUCAUCACGCUCACCGACGCCCAGCGCCUCUGCAACGCUCUGCUGCGCCCUGGCACUGCCCUGCCCCUGGAGCUGGGCGCCAAGCUGUCUGCCCAGGGCCUGCUGAAGGAGAGCAGGGACAACUUCCAGGUGGAGCACCAGUGCCUGGGCAAGUGCCAGGGGCUGUUCGUGCCGCAGUUCUACAUGACGCCCGACGCGCCCUGCAUCCAGUGCGUGGAGUGCCAGCUGCUCUUCUCGCCGCAGAACUUCGUCAUGCACUCGCACAAGUCGUCGGACAAGCGCACGUGUCACUGGGGCUUCGACUCGGCCAAGUGGCCCUGCUACCUGCUGCUCGCCCGCAAGUACCUGGGCUCCGUCGAGGAGCCGCGCCUCAAGCAGCUGCUGGAGCAGAUGAAGGAGAAGUUCCACUACCAGCCCAAACUCCUGCUAGAAAAUGCUGUGGGUGAAGAUAGCCAUAUGGUGAAGGCAACCCCUAACCACUGCUCCUCCAAUGGCAAGCUUUCGGAAAACGAGCUCACUAAAAAGGGCCACACUGGCACAGUGUUCCGCCAUCUGUUCCCUGACAUCAAAGAGGAGCCUGGACACGAAACCACCGUCCACCCCAGUUACUACCUGUACCCGUACGAUAAGAUGCUGCCCCCCAACGUGUCUCUGCGGAAGGAGGAGGAGGUCAGCCAGGAGGUGUUCGGGGCGCUGCUCAAACAGCACUACAGCCACAACAGACAGGACACACCGCCCAUGGACCUGCACUCCUCCCCGUCUGCAGCCGCUCCUUCAGACGAGGCCGCCACCGCCGAGUGCCAGGCUCCGCCGGCUGCCGAGGUUGCUGUGGCAACCGGCGGCAAGAGCGCCCACACACCUGUGCUCGCAACGGCGGCCCUGGCAGACGGCGCGGUGGCCAAGGAUGGCAGCGUUGCCGAGGACGACAAGGACCGCAUCGUCCUGGAGAUCGUGCAGAUGUACAGCCGGCAACAGGAGAGGCUCAACACCACACUGCACAAGCAGCUUCAGCUAGAGAUGGAGCUGGAGUCGAUGCGCGGCGGCUCGGCGGCGCGCCUGCGGGAGUUGAGCGCGGAGCACAGCGAGCUGCAGACGGAGCUGGCGGCGAUGCACACUGAGCACGCCCGGCGGCUGGAGGAGGCGCGGCAGGAGCAGCGGGAGCUGGAGACGCGGCUGGAGCAGCUCCGGCAGCAGGACUGCGCCUGCGAACCAGGCAGCCAGAAGCAGCAGGAGGCGCACUACACCGCACAGCUGUCUAAGCUGCGUGCGCGGCUGGAGCGUGCGGAGGCCGAGCGCGCGGAGCUGCAGGACGAGCUGCAGCGGGAGCGGGAAGCGCGGGAGUACCUGGAGCUCACCAUCGCCCAGCUCCGGCAGCAGAUGGCCCACACCGGCGCCGUCACCGCCAUCAGCCCCAGCCACACUCCUCCGCCCUCCAGCACCCCCACCCCUACAGAGGCCUCCCCCUCCACGCCACAGGGCCCCGAGCUGGCCUCCGGCUAGAGGGACACGCGCCGAGCUCCAGGCCCCCGGCCCCAGCCCACCUCAGCUCAACCACACCCUACCGGGACCCUCACUCGCCCUGCAUGGCCUGGCCCCCUCCUCCCCCUCCACCCCUGGAGCCCAGGAGAACCAGGCCACAGACUUGCAGGACACACGAGCAAAAAAAAAAAAAAAAACCAUCCUGAGAAGCCCGUGGGGCCCUGUGUGGAGAGAGGAGGGCCACUCUGCUGUGGCUCCUCACGUUCAUCAGCUCUCUCUCUCUUCACUGACUGAUUAGGUUCUAUGGACAUUUAUGUUGUUUGUUUGUUUAUUUUUUAUUACUAUUUAAUAUUUCUUUAACAGGAUCAUAUCCGCUCCCUUCCACAACCCUCCUUAGUAUUUGUCUACCUACCGCCCCCUUCCAUCUUUUUUUUUUUUUAUUAUUAUUGUCUUGCUUGUUAACAAUAUUUAAGAUUUUGCUUGUUUGCUUCAUUUCACUUUGUUGUUUCGGCUGUGCAUGUUGAUUUUAUUUUUUAAUUUAUAGUUCUGGCCGGGGAAAUGCUUGGCCAAGAGGGAGGUAGUUUGAAGGACUCCUUAGGCUUAGGCUCCCUCCUCCAUGACCACACCCCACCCCACCCCAGCCCAGUCCACCCCAUCCCACCCCACCCCUGUACCGCGUCAGCCCCAGUCUCUCUGGGGUUUGGAUCUGCUCCUCUGUGCCCAAGACUGACUGAGGUGCACGUGAGACCCUCCGAGCUCUCGUCCUGGCCGGAAUUGGGCUCCGGGUUCAGUACAGGCCUGAGAGUCCCUGGGAUCUGACUGUCUCUUUAUGCUACCUGGCUCCCCCACCACCACCACCACCACCACCACCAGUUGGAGCCCAAAGAACCCCCCACCCCUACCCUGCAUACAGCCCUUUACUGGCCUCCAGCCUCCACCAGCCAGCGGCAGCAGGGAACUGCAUGGAUGUUCACCCGUGUCGUCGUCUUUUGGUUUUGAAACGUAAAUGAAAGUUUUUUUUUUUUGAAAAGUUCUAUCAUGCGGACAUUUAUAGUAAAGAACAUUGGGAUCCUCCUACAUAAACUACAAAACUUUGUCGCAAUUAAGGAAGAGAAUGAGGCAUAAUGUCUUCUCUCCUUCUCCAGUGCAGUUUGAAGGGUUCGUGUGAAAUCCUCUAUCUAUCAACCUUUCACCUGCCUCCAGUGUCCCUCUCUGUCUCAUGACAGAGAAAAUGGAGAGAGAAAAAAAAAAUCAUGAAAAUCGCUCGUCUGAGCAGUCACUAAGCAGCAGGGACAGGACAGCACACCCUCUACUGGACAGGAUGGUGUAUGACACGCUCAACUGUGUCCACUGUGUUUUGAUGUGGUUGGUACAGCAAGCACAGGCCACCUCUGUCUCUCCACAUGUCCAGGUGAGGAGUUUGAGGCGGGGCCUCCUCCAUCACUUCCUCCUGAUGCCGGGGGGGGGUUGGCUGUGCUCGCCACAGGGAGCCAAUUUGUUUUUGGGUUGCGAAUGUUAGCUUGUUUCUGAUGGUUUGUUUGACUGAAGAUUGAAUCACUGUGAACAGGAGUGCUUGGACUUAAUCUGGUGAGAACAAUUAGGCUUGUGUGUUUGGGUUUAUUAAUGGUUGCCCCCUUUUCUCAUUGAAAUGAAUUAUAUAUAUAUAUAUAUAUAUAUAUAUAUAUAUAUAUAUAUAUAUAUGUUUUGGGGGUUUUUUUUCAAAAAAAAUGAAACAGUUGUGCAGCUGCAUUUAAGUUGGAUGUUGUAACAAAACAAAAACAAAAACUAGCAUUAGUCUCACCAGUGCAUGGAGGCUGGAAUCACAUGAGCGGAUUUACUGCAGCAGAUUUAGGUUCAGCUCCACUCGUGCAAAAGCUCUCCCUCAGACUAGUUUGGGCACAGCCACCCCAGCAGUAUGUCGUUGUGUGGGCCUUCAGAUAGACCCCCGGCCUCCCCAAAGGCUGCUCUUUCCCCCGAAGGGAGGAUGGGUGUGGAGGCCCCAGGGCUGAGGGCACCAUCAGAGACUCCCUCCCAGAGACAACCCCAACCCCUCCUCAUGUUAGCGCCCUGUGCGCUCGCUUGGUCUUGUGUGUGUAGUUGUUUGUUUGUUUGUGUGUUUGCUUCUUGCAGUCAGUGAGCAGAUGGAUGGAUAGGGAGGGGGGAGAGGGAGGCAGUUAUGUGUGGGGAGGGGAAGGAUUGCGCCUGAAGUAUCUUGACUGCAGUCAGAACCCGCUACCUGACCCAAGUAGUGCAAAUUAUUGGUUGCUAUUGGAGAGAAGGAAGAUGUGGUG